AUGUCCCCGGCUCAUCAUCCGGACAUGCCGACGACGACGUCGCCAGAACCCGACCAGAUCACCACAGCGAGGAUCAGGGUCCAGACUUUCUACAAGUACCGCAGAGAGGGCGAGCAAGUGCAUGACUUCAUACGGAAGGCAGAGGUCCAAGUCGCUACCUACGAGGAUAUGCAAAGGCAGCGAUCUGUCGGAGCACCACUCCCCGCCGCAGCUGCGACCGGUGGCGGCGGCGGACGCUCAUACGCCGAGUCACGGCGCAGCGUAAACUCGGCGAUGCAGGGCAGGGAGUCGCUCGACGAGUCCCGUCCUGCGGGAGAUGGGUUGCAGCAACCUCCCAGCCGUACGUCUGCAACGACCUUCCUGCACACACCACCACCCGCCGGUAUUGCCACCCAGCACGCCCACACCGGCUGCUGGGGCGAGACUCGCCCCCCGCCCGGUGGUUCUGGACGUCAACGCUUAGCCUUCGACCAGAGUCACCAUGUUCACCGGCAGCCCCCGCCGCCCCUGCCUGGUGUACCCCCGAGUUAUGCCGUGCAUCAUGCCAAUCGUAAUGCGACUCAAUUCAACGAAGGGAUAGAAGAUCUUCUCGAUACACUGGCCGAGCGAGUCCUAGUUCGGCAUCCUUCGGUGGGUUACAUGAGGAUGACCAUCGCCGUUUAUCUCGAUCUGAAGCGACGGGCACCAGGGAAGGGGGCGUUGGCCCACAAUUUCUAA